CUCAGCUCUCCUCUCGCAACUCUCGGUCUCGGACUCUCGGUGGCGGCCCUGCCCACUUGCACCUGUUUUAGUGGGGUUGGGGUGUUUUCUCUUAUGUCUGUAUAAUAUAUGUAAACGGAUUUUUCAUUCUAUACUAUAUGAGACGUGAUAAUUAUCGAUAAUUAGACACAUGUACCCUUGGUUCCCUUGUUCAAUGAAAAUUCAAUAAAUAGAAUGAUUUACUGUAUAUUUAUGAAUAUGAAUUUGUAAAAAGUCUAGUGGAUAAUUUGUGUGCAUCGAGGAUAAUAAUAGAUAACAUUGCCUAACCGAAGUACUAUUCCCCCAUUUUUGUUGAUUUGCAGUUGAAUAAUUUGUCUUUGCUGGAAAAAUGAUGCAGUUUAUGCUAUUGUUCAGCCGUCAAGGUAAAUUACGACUGCAAAAAUGGUACGUCGCUCAUCCAGAUAAGCUCAAGAAAAAAAUCACCCGAGAAUUGAUUACGACUAUUUUAGCUAGAAAGCCAAAAAUGUCAAGUUUUCUUGAGUGGAAAGAUGUUAAAGUCGUAUAUAAGAGAUACGCUAGUUUGUAUUUUUGCUGUGCUAUUGAACAAAAUGACAAUGAACUGCUUACACUUGAGAUUAUCCACAGAUAUGUUGAAUUAUUAGAUAAAUAUUUUGGCAGUGUUUGCGAGCUGGACAUCAUUUUCAAUUUUGAAAAAGCGUAUUUCAUCUUGGACGAGCUACUGGUAGGUGGAGAGAUACAAGAGACUAGCAAGAAGAAUGUAUUGAAGGCUAUUGCAGCUCAGGAUUUACUUCAGGAGGAUGAAGCUGUCGACGACGCUCUACGAGAAAUAGGGCUUUUGUAAAGCUGUACCUCCGUAUCUCUGUGUCCCUCACCAUCAAUAUGAUCACCGAUACCACCAACCUCUCAGCCAAACCAUCAUCUCUGCCGAAUGAUGUCCAUCGCACAUCUUGAUUUCUAGCAAAUAAUAAUAAUAAUAAUAAUAAUAAUAAUAACAAUUCAAUACAAUUAAAUCAUUUUGAGGGGAAAAAAUUGACUUGUUCGCGAUCAUGAAAUCAAUGGGAUUGAAAAUAUUUUUGUAUAAAUGCAUAAAUAAUAUAUUUUGCCAUUAGUCGUAUAGGGAUCAUCUGUGAAAUUGUAAUAGGAUAUAAUCGUUAAUUUUAGCCACUUGGAAAUAUUUGUACAUGGAAUUGUAAAUUUUUUUAAUUGGUACAAGAAACACGAAAAUAAUAUUUUUUCUUUUAAAUUUAUUCCCAUAAUGAUACAUUUUUAUUUCAAUGAUUUAAUUCUAUUAUUGAAAAGUGAUGGGAAUAAAAUUGAUUUCAUAGAUUUUUAUGUAUCAAUCAUCAUCUCAUGUGCACAUUUCAAUGUAUUACGUCGAUUAACAAUUUAUAUAUAAUAAUUAAAAAAAUGCACAGUCCUUAGAGUUGCAAUAAAGAUUUUAUUCAUCCACGUAA